CUUCCGGUUUCUGUGUUCCCCGACCUCGUUCCGUCGUGUUUCACCUUUCUCUUCUCUUUUUUUUUGCAUCAAAAUUUCAAUAAUAAUCUUCAAGAGCAUCGAGAAAUGGCGUCGAUCAACCCUCAAGACGUCUAAAUUGGAGCCCUUUACGGUCGGAAAUUGCUUCCCUUCACCGAAGAAUGGAACGAAAUCCAUACCCGAACAGGCAGCAUCACCAUCACAGGGCGUUCGGCGGCGGAGGGGGUCCGAGUCCGGUGGAAUUGAUGCCGGCGAGACAGGCAGCUCCGCUAUCGCAAUCGCAGAUGCAAAUCUCCGAUAACGACGAGAGCAGCAGUGAGGUUCCCGCGCUGGAUUGUAACCUUACUUCCCUAUGUGAUCACAUCCAACUGGAGGGAUUCAACAGUGGCGCAUUCUCCGACAUUGUCGUUCAAGCCAUGGGGUCUACCUACCACCUCCACCGCCUCAUACUCUCCAGGAGCUCUUACUUCAGGAAUAUGUUGCAGGGACCAUGGAAAGAAGCAAAUGCUCCGGUUCUGAAGUUUCAUGUGGAUGAUAAUAAUGUCAAUGGGGAGGCUAUAGCUUUGGCUCUUGCUUAUCUGUACGGGCAUCACCCAAAGCUUAAUGAUAAUAAUGCGUUUCGAGUUCUUGCUGUGGCAUCCUUUCUUGACCUUCAGGAUUUAUGUGCAAUAUGCACAGACUAUAUUAUUUCUGAGCUAUGGACAUCAAACUUCUUAACAUACCAGGUGUUUGCUGAGAGCCAAGAUUAUGGAAUAUAUGGAGAGCGAGUUAGAAAUGCUUGUUGGGGAUACCUUUGUCAAUGUGGUGCCAUGGAGUUAAAAAAGGUCCUUCCCAAACUUUCAUCUCAGACAUUGCAUACUUUGCUGACCUCUGAUAAAUUGUGGGUACCAAGUGAAGAGGAACGAUUUGAGCUGGCAUUAUAUAGUCUUCUCGCAAGAGUCAAUCUUUCCAACAUGGAGCAUCAUGGGCAGGGAAGGUCUAGUUCUGAUACAGGAACAACUACGCAUUGUGAUGCUCUUAGAGUGAAGGCUAAAAACUUACAUGAUGGCAGUACUGAGAAAAGGACAGAACUUGAAUUAAGGAGUCUAAGCUUAAAGGAUGGAAAAGGACACAAUACUGCACACAAUAUUCCAAUCGAGCUUGCAGACUACACUGUUGUAUCAAUCACUGAGGGGCAUAAUAAACAACAGUUGCAAGAACCAGUGUGCAUUCAAACCAACUUGGAAUCUGGAUGCAGCACUGGGCAUGCUUUAUCAAGUAACUCUUUUCUAUGUACUGAUGAUGAAGCCAUAUCCUCAUGUUCUAUUGUUAAAAUGCCAAACAGUAGUGGCGAAGAUGGGCUGGGGAGUGAUGGUAUGGCUGUUUUGGAAGGGCCAUCUGAAGAAGAUCCAUGCUAUCAAUUAAACGACACAUCUUGGCUGCCUGAGGGCCAAAGCAGUCUCACUUCUAUGACUUCUUCUGCUGAUGUGCUUAUGCCUAGUGACUGGGGAAGAUGUAACAUGCCUCCCCUAUCUUGGGGUGGUAGGGUUGUGGGGCGAAGAGAGACAAAAACUUUCUUAAAUGGACAGUAUGGAAUUAGCCGGGAUGAUUAUGAUGCCUUUGUGAAUAUUUUUGAGGGAGGAUCUCUUUUGUAUUGUAACAUGUCUUUUGAGGCACUUCUCACUGUGAGAAAGCAGCUUGAAGAAAUGGGAUUUCCUUGCAAAGCUGUGAAUGAUGGGCCUUGGCUGCAGAUGCUAUUAAGCCAGCGAGUACGAGAAAUCGGGGCAGAUACAUGCAAAAAUUGCUGUCUUGUGAGUAUGGCGUGUGCCUGUAGGCAAGCAUUUGGGCCUUCAUGCAAUGUUGGUGGGUAUUACAUGGCAGAUCAUGAUCAGGGGAAUCUGCCUACGAAUGCUGGAUAUGUGUACGCCAAUGAAGGAAUUGGUCUCUUUAGGCCUGUGCGCAUUCAUGUUAGGGGCCCCCUUGAUGGGCUAGCUGGAAUCGGGCGUGGAAACACUUUUGUUCCUGCUGCUGCCAGUCCUCCAACACGUUUUGUCUUCUCUCGUGUCCCAUUUGGGGUGGGUAAUGAUGACCCAGAAAACAGAGGGGACAACAACACAGAUAUUGCUGGUGACGGGUUGACAGCUUUGGUUGGGCUCAGCCAGGAGGGAAGCAGUAUUGGGUCUACUGUUCGUGUGGAUCAGUUAGAGAGGGGUUAUGAGGUGGAUCUCCAGAGCAGGAUGGUGGGGUCUUCAAUAUCUGCACCUAAUGUUAGUAGUAUACCCACACAAAUGUUAGAUUCCUAUGGGAAUGCUGCUGGGUUUGAGUGGGAGAAUGACAACAGUUCUAUAUCUUUGGAUGUGAAGACACCUUUAAGUCAAUUUCCUCCAUUCCGGUUUGGGGUUGAAUUUCAAGAUGUUCUCAGGCUUAAUGAUGGUCAAGUGAAUAGUUCACCUGAGUUUUUCUAUGCUGGUUUCUUGUGGAAGGUCAGUGUCCAGGCUUUUAGUGAUGAAGAUCUGCAGGGACGCCGUACACUUGGGCUUUUUCUUCAUCGACGAAAGGCUGAAAUAUGCGACCCAACUAGAAAGGUGCACGUAUAUGUUGAUUCCCGCGAAAAGGUCACUACUAGGUACCAGUUGAUUUGCCCAUGCAAGAGGGAAGUGAGGGUGUUUGGGAGCUUCAAACAAACCGGAACUCUUCUUCCAAAAGCUCCAAAGGGAUGGGGUUGGCGAUCAGCUUUGUUGUUUGACGAACUUCCUGAUCUUCUCCAAAAUGGGGCACUACGUGUUGCUGCACUUGUACAGCUCAUUUGAUUCUCGCUCCUUAGCUACAAACGCCCAGCAAGAUUCAAUCACCAAAGAUUUUCAUGUAAAUAAUGUAUUUCUCUGCACACUUUUGGUCACACGACUAUAAGGUACAUUGCUCUCUAACUUUCAUAUUAUCCAUUUUUGGCGCACAACUGGAUUUUAUUUUUGCCGCUUUUAGUCCUAUGUCACAUAAAUGUGACUUGUUUAGUCAGAAGGACCAAAAAGUGGCAAGGAAUCCGUAGUCGUGCCUCAAAACUGGACGAAGUGUUUAGUUUCGGAAUCAAACUUGCGAAUGGCCCGACAGUCGUGGUUCCAAAAAUGUGUCUUCCCAAAAGAAGUUAAAUUAUGUAUAGUUUGCCACAUUGAAUGACAACUCAAUGGUAUUGUGCCUAAAUGGUGCAGUAUGUGUGCAGUAUUUGAUUUUGUUACUUUCUGCCAUUG